AUGAUCCCACUGGCUACGCUUCGACACCUUGUCAGAAGCGUACCGAAACUAUAUAACGUGCCUAAUGACUUGUUGAAGCCACAAGCGCUCACUCAGGUCCCCACCUACGAGCUCUUGGGAAAGCUAGGUUUUGUCACAUAUCCUAAGCCGGGGCUUGUGCAUUGGCUAGUGCCCGGAACGUUGAUUCGAAGGAAGCUAGAGUCGCUAAUUCGAGAAGAAAUGGAGAAAACCGGCGCAGAAGAAUUGUCUCUUUCGGCACUAUCGCAUGCUACCUUGUGGGAGAAGACGGGAAGAUGGGGAGGACAUGAGCUAUUCAAGUUGAAGGACUCCACAGGAUCAGAAUACUGCUUGGCGCCAACGUGCGAGGAGGAGAUCACACAAUUGGUGAAACAGGGCGUGAGGUCGUAUAAGGACAUGCCGUUGUUGUACUACCAAAUCAAUACGAAGUUCAGAGAUGAAAAGAGACCUCGGUCGGGACUUCUAAGAGGAAGAGAGUUCCUCAUGAAAGAUGCCUAUUCGUUUGAUCUUACCGAGAAAGACGCUUUUUCUACUUAUAACAAGAUGACGGAUGCGUACACUAGCAUAUUUCAGAAGCUAAGAGUGCCGUUUGUUAAAGCUGAAGCCGACUCGGGUGAUAUUGGCGGCUCCUUGUCUCACGAAUGGCAUUAUAUUCAUCCGGCCGGAGAAGAUACGUUAUUUGCGUGCACCGAAUGUGGCAACACUUCGAAUGUGGAGAAAACGCUUUCUUUUCCUCAAGAAGAGGAGCAGCAUGAUGAUGUGAAGGUGAAAUACUACACUACUAACGAUGAGAACACUCUUGUAUGCGCAUAUUACCCUGGAUCCCGCCAAAUAGUUCCUCUGUUCUUGUCCGAGGAGAUACCUGACAUUGACCUAUCCGGCCGUCUUCGGGAAGACCAGGUUCUUGACUUGUUCAAAGACGAAGACACCCUUAUCAACAAAAAAAUUGUUCGAAUCAUGGACUCGAGACUUAAUUCGCGUCUGAACUUCCCUGACUUUCCUAUAAAUUUCAUCAAUCGCUCCUUGAUCACUACUCUUACCGAUAUACCUAUCGUUGAAGCGGUAGAGGGUGAAUUGUGCCAUAAGUGCGAGGAGGGUUCUUUGGAGGCCAAGAAGGCAAUAGAGGUUGGCCACACGUUCUUUUUAGGCGAAAAAUACUCAAAGGCUUUAGAGUGUAUAGUUGAAGUGCCCGAAGACGGUGGAAUUAAGAAACAGAACGUGCUUAUGGGAUGUUACGGCAUUGGUUUAUCUAGAAUCAUAGCAGCAUUGGCCGAGAUCAAUCGCGACUCUCAAGGGUUGCGCUGGCCCACUUCACUUGCACCGUGGGAGGUGACGGUGAUCAACAUGAGUGAGUCUGAUGAAUUCAUCCCAGCAUUCAAUGGGUUGGACUGGAGAGUCGAUCUGAGAAGUAAAGUCGGCUUAGGCCGCAAGAUCAAAGACUCUCACAUGAUGGGGAUCCCGCUAGUCGCUGUGGUUGGCAAAAAAUGGCCAUUGUUAGAGAUAGAGGAACGUGGUGCGAGACUGGCUCUGGCAUCGACUAGACAACUUCACUCCAAGAAAACUUUCGAGUGGGAAAUCAUUGGAGACCUAGACUCAGACAAUACGGUGAAACACAUAGUGCACAGCGGCCACGCAGCCGCCGUCAUGAGAGCUAUCCUCUCAGACAUGUAA